AUGGCCCCAAAAUCCAAAAAACCACCCCCAAAACCGCAACCAAAGGCCACAACCACAACCCCAAACUGGCCUCCCCUCCGCCCCCUCCUCCCCGCCGCCGAUCUAACCCUGACCCCCCUCCUCACCGACCAAAUCUACCUAAUCCGCAACUUCCUCCCAAGCACCCUGUGCAAAACCUACACCUCAUUCCUCGCCUCGCUACCACUAACAACAACACCGGGAGCCCCAAAGAAAGAUGAAGCAUUACGCGUCAACGACCGAUUCCAAAUCGACGAUGCGCGGUUUGCGGAGAUGCUGUGGAACACGACUGCGCUGAAGGAGCUUAUCACGACGCGCUUUGAAGAAGACGAGCACGGGUACGAGCAGGACCACUCGUACGGGGAAGAUGGUACUAUCUCGCCCGCCCUUGCUGAACGCGCACGUCAACUCUGGGGCGGGGAUCCGUUGGGGUUAAAUCCUAAUAUCCGCAUUUAUCGAUAUUCUGCAGGACAGUUCUUUGGACAACAUUACGACGAUACCAACAACAUAACCCUCCCCCCCACCGAACUCACGCUCAAAAGCAACACCUGCACGCACAACCUGGACACUCCUUAUCUACCUGACGUCCUGCACAGGCGGCGAAACAGUCUUCUACCCUGA